AGAAUCUGGCAACCGAGAUACCGUUGAUCGUCGUAAGCGAGAUCAAACAUCAUAUAAUAUUUGCAUUCAAUUUCCAUACAUAAUUUAUAAUUAAAGAUUAACUAAAAAAUGAAUGCUAAUAGAUUUCGCCAAAUUUGGAGUACAAAGAAGAAUUUUUUUAGCACAAACAAAUUGAGACCUGCUCAAACUGCAUCACAAGCAGAAGCUGAUGUUGAUAUUUUAUCAAAACAAGAUGCUCAAGUAUCCCAGAUUUCAUCUGGCAUUACUGUAGCAUCAGUAGAGAACUACAGUCCCAUUACCCGAAUCUCUGCUGUUGUUAAAGCAGGUUCCCGAUAUGAAACUCCACAGAAUACUGGUAUUGUUCACCUUUUAAGGCACUGUGCAGUUCUUUCUACAAAGAAUCAUACUGCUUUUGCUUUAACCAGAAAUUUGGAAAUGAUGGGAGCAAAACUUAAUGUUACUUCAACCAGAGACAAUCUAAUCUAUAAUCUGAAGUGUUCUCGGGAUAAUAUUGAUGAUGCUCUUGCUAUUUUGGCUGAUGUAGUUUCUAAUCCAACAUUUAAGCCAUGGGAAGUUGAAGAAGCAUCUCAUAUGCUUCCUACUGAUCUCGCUCUACACCAAAGCAGACCAGAAUCAGUGUUGUUUGAAGCCUUGCACAAGGCAGCUUUUAGAGGUGGUCUCGCUAAUUCCCUCUACUCGGAAACUUUCAUGAUUGGCAAACACAAUUCAGAAAUGCUGCAUAAUUUUGUGCACAGUCAUUUUACACCAUCUAAGACUGCAGUUGUAGGACUUGGAAUAUCGCAUGAAGAUUUAGAAAAAAGUGUUGGUGGACUCGUUCACUUGCAUGGUGGUUCUCCUGAUAGUGAUGGGGCUUCUAAAUUUGCUCCAGGUGAAAUUCGAAUUGAAGCUGAUCUACCGCUAGUUUAUACAGCAGUAGUUGCUGAAGGUGCAAGUGCAGCAAACAUGAAAGAUGCAUUGAGUUUUGGUGUUUUACAAUGCAUUCUAGGCCUUGGUAACCACAUUCAGAUGAGUAGUUCAAAAUAUUCAGCUCUUGGUGAAGCUGCUGCAAAGACCACUACUAAUCCUUUCUAUGUGUCUGGUUUGAAUGUGAACUAUUCUGACACUGGUCUAUUUGGGGCCUAUAUUGUUGGUCAACCUCAGGACAUGAAAUCGUUGGUAAAAGCAGUUGUUACUCAGAUGAAAGAAGUAACAAAAAAUAUAACUGAUAGUGCUGUUGAAAAUGCAAAACACAAACUGAAAGCCAAGCUUCUUUUGGAGGCAGAUACAUCAGAUGGUGCUAUUGCUGCCAUGGCCCUUGAUGCUUCUAUGCAUGGAAAAGUAAGAGACGACAAAGAAUUGGAGAGAGCCAUUAAUGAACUUAAGCUUGCUGAUAUCAAGGCAAUUGCUGGUAAAGUGAUGAAAGCCAAACCUGCCAUGGCAUCCUUAGGGCGAUUGCAUCAUACACCUCAUGUUGAUGAAUUAUUAUAAACUUUUGUAGUUUAGAAGAUUAAAUAGAUUAUUUAAGACUG